UACCUGUUCCUCGAUCCAGCCGCGCGCUGUCUUCCCGGCUUCUGUAAUGGCGCUCGGCAUGACAGCCGGGUGCCCAGUGCGCAUGAGUGAGAAGCACUUGCGUUUUGUGAUUGGUCCGGCGGCUUCUGGGAUCUGUCAUGUGUCCCAGGUACCGCCUUACCAUUCACAAAGCGCACCGCUUCUCGCGCAUGCGCACUGGGCACCCGGCUGUCAUGCCCAUGCCCACACUACAGAAGCCGGGAAGACAGCACGCCGCUGGAUAGAGGAACAGAUAAGG